UUGAGAGGGAAUAAACAAACAAAAGUAAGAGAGAAAAAACUGUAGAAAGUUCUCAACUGCAUAGCAUGUGUCUUGAUUAACUCCAAAAUGGGUCACUACAACGUAAGGUCCGUUACGCGUUGAAACCGGUUUCUUGCGCUAUGUCCCAGAUUUACUUUUAACUCCUUAACGGAAUCUAAAUCAUCUUCUGGAUUCCGAAACAGUCUUCUCCAAGCUGUGUGAAGCAAUAUAUCGGUUGUCAUCCAGACAUCAUCAAACUGAGAAAUUCAAGGGCAAUUAAUAAAGUGCAGUAAUUUAGAGGUACUUAGUUGCCAGCUGUGAUGUGUGAUGCAAUGUUUUAGUUCAUAGGGGAGAUAGUUGCGUGCAAUUCCGUCAUGAUUUCCGCUGUGAAAGUUGGAACUAUUUGUGCAGUGAUCUUUGGAAUUUACUUGCAAUGUGUUCAAGGUCGAAUCCGCCGUUGUUACUCGUGUCGUUCCAGAGGUGAAUUAGGAGAUUGCAAAGAUCCCUUCAAAUACAAUAUGACGGUCAUAGAUGAGGUGAAAGGUGUAGAGGUCAUCCCUUGCGCUUCCGGAUGGUGUGCAAAGAUUAUUGAGGGAGAAACUGAUGAAUUUGAUGUGGCAACCGAACGGAUGUGCGUCCAGCGACCACCAGCCGAUGGCGAAGAACGGUGCUCGGACACUAUUAUUGACCGAAAACGCGUUUUCAUGUGUUUCUGUCAAGGAGAUUUAUGCAAUGGAAGCCCCCGGAUUCAUCAAUUGAUCAGCUAUUUGAUGCCAGUUUUGCUCGCCAUUCUGGCAAUCAAUAACAACAGGUGGCAACAUGUGUGAAAACUCCUGUGAAAAUAAUCUUUUAAAAAUUACCGAUAUGUAUAUAUUAGAAAACUCUAUUAGCCAGUAAUUGUACAAUUCCAUUUUAUUUCUAGUGAUAGAUUUAAUCAGGUCUACAGACAGGAAAGAAAAAGACAUACUGGAUUGCUCAACUGAUAAUAUAUAUAGUCGCUUUUGAUAAUUUUGGACAGAUUUUUAGCAUACAUUCUUUGUCAGAAAAUUAUGCAAUUUUCAACUCUUUAUGUUGCCAUUUUAAUAAUAGCAAUAAAUUAUUAAUGAAAUUGUAAUAAAUUUUAAAAUGAUAUAUCUGGUUGAAGUUUUUGCUUCAUUGACUAAUAUUGCUAUAUUUAUAAUUUAAUCACUGUAUGUUCUAGGUACAGUUCAGAAAAUUAUAAUCUAUUUAAAAAAGAUUUAAAACAUAGUUAAUAUUUUCCA